AUGGGCAUCGUUGACCGCAUCAAGGAGAUCGAGGAUGAGAUGAAACGGACGCAGAUCAACAAAGCCACGGAGAGUCAUCUCGGGCGUCUCAAGGCCAAGCUGGCCAAGCUACGCACGGAGCUUCUCGAGGAAGGAAAGUCGAGCAGUGGCGGCGGCGAAGGCUUCGAUGUCGCUAAAAGUGGUGACGGACGUGUCGCCCUUAUCGGGUUUCCAAGUGUAGGAAAGUCAACGAUGUUGAGUCAGCUGACGGACACCCAGUCGGAGACGAAUGCAGUGGAGUUCACCACGUUGACGUGCAUUCCCGGCAACUUGAUCUACAACGACGUUCGUAUUCAGUUGCUCGAUCUACCAGGAAUUAUAGAAGGAGCUGCGCAUGGACGAGGACGUGGGCGGGAGGUGAUUGCUGUGGCGAACACCCUGCGCCUGACGAAGCUGGGGGAUGAUCCGUAUCUGACGGUGUACAAGAUUUUGCAUGAAUACAAAAUUCACAACUGCGAGGUGCUAUUCCGCGAGGACUGCACCACGGACGAUCUGAUUGACGUGAUUGAAGGCAACCGAAAGUAUGUGAAGUGCCUGUACGUGUACAACAAGAUUGAUGUUGUGUCGAUUGAAGACGUCGACCGACUGGCGCGCAUGCCAAACUCGACUGUGAUCGCUUGCGCCCACGAAGAUCGCCCUGCGCUCAAUUUCGACACACUCUUGGCCAAAAUGUGGGACUAUAUGGGGCUGACACGCGUGUACACCAAGCGUCGUGGGGAGGCUCCUCAAUUUGAGGAACCAGUUGUUCUUGGCUCGGAGCGGAAAGGUGUCAGCGUGCAGUCUGCGUGCAUGUCGAUUUCAAAAGACAUGCUGGACAACUUUAACUAUGCCUUGGUGUGGGGCACGAGCACAAAGUACAACCCGCAACGUGUUGGCAAAGAACACCUGCUCUGUGACGAGGAUGUGCUGCAAGUUAUAGUGAAGACGGCCAAUCAGCAGAAGCGCGACAAGAACUACAAUCAGAAGGUGCAGGCGUACUUCGACAAGUACAAGAAGAAAAAGAAAGCGCUCAAAACCUAG